AUGAGGCGGGCUACAGCGGCGGAAUCGGCGGCAGCUCCAGCGGCGACAGCGGCGACGGCGGCGAACUCUGGCGGCAGUGUUACCCCCGCGGCGGCGGCAGGGGGGAUUGCCGGAGUCCCCGCGGUGGAAGCAGGAGCAGCGGCAUCGGCAGCAGCUCCAGCGGCGACGGCGGCUACCUCUGGCGGUGGUGUUCUCCCCGCGACGGCGGCGGGGGGAAUGGUCGGGGUCCCUGCAGUGGUGGCAGGAGCUGCGGCAUCAAUCGCAGCUCCAGACGCGAGGACGGCGACCUACGGCGGCGGUAGUGUUUUCCUCGCCGAGACGGCGGUGGGGGGAAUGGCCGGGAUCCCUGCAGUGGCGGCAGGAGCGGAGGCAUCGGCAGCAGCUUCAGAGGCGACGGCGGUGACCUACGGCGGCGGCAGUGUUUCCCUCGCAGCGACGGCGGGGGAAGCGCCCGGAGGGCUCGCGGCGGCAGCUGGAGCAGCGGCAUCGGCGGCGGUUCCAGCGGCGACGGCGGCAGUGCCCGGCGACACUGUUAUCUCCGCGACGGUGGCGGGGAGAACGACCAGAGCGCCCCGCGUGGCUACAGCGAUGGCAUUGGCGGCUCGAGGGGCGACCGUCGGUGGCGUUUCCCCCACCAUAUCGGUUGCGUGGGCGGCCAGCAACGGAGAAGCGAUGGUCAACGGCAUCGACGACCGCAGCGAUGAUGGCGGUUGGUGCGCAGGUGAGGUUGGCGGCUGCUGGGAUGACAGCGUCUGCAGCGAAAGGGGGGCGUCCACGCACCCUUUCGAUCCCGGCACGGUAUGUUCGCGGGUGCGCGGCGCCAACGAUCCCGGGGUGGACGACCUGGUCGGUGGCUCCGGCAGCAGCAGCGGCAGCGGCAGCAGCGGCACCAGCACCAGCAGCGGCAGCAGAAGCAACGACAAGCCAGAGGGGAUAGAUGUGGCCUGGUUUCGGGAGCUGCUGCCCCCCUACGACCCGGGGAAGCUGUACCGGCUGAAGGCUGGGAGCGUGGGGCCGGUGAUGGGGGUGGGCACCCCGUUCGACCGUGGAAAGAUGUCGCGGGGGCAACGGCCGCGGCGCCCGUGUUCGCGACCGGAGCAGCGGCAGGAGGACCGUGAAGCGGAGAAGGGAGUUCGGAGGAUUGGGCGAGUCCAACAAUGA